UUCUACCGGCAAGCCGAGCCGGGCCAGCAGGCACCCAGGCUGACGGUGCUGCUGCUGCACGGCAUUCGCUUCUCCUCCGAGACCUGGCUUCAGUUUCAGCUGCGGACGCUUGCCACGCUGGCCGAAAAGGGCUACCGAGCUGUGGCUAUCGACCUGCCGGGGCUGGGGCGCUCGAAGGAUGCUGUGGCCCCAGCGCCCGUGGGCCAGCCGGCACCAGGAACUUUCCUGAAAGCAGUUUCGGAGGCUCUGUGCCUGGGUCCAGCCGUGGUGAUCAGCCCGUCGCUGAGCGGCAUGUACUCCCUGUCCUUCCUCUUCCAGCACAACCACAUGGUCAAGGCAUAUGUGCCCGUAGCACCCAUCUGCACGGAUAAAUUCACGGAGGAGCAGUAUGCCCAGAUCAAAACCCCGACGCUGAUCGUGUACGGGGACCAGGACGCGGAGCUGGGGCAGGCCAGCCUGAACAACCUGCGGCACCUCCCCAAGCACCAAGUGCUGGUGCUGCAGGGCGCUGGACACGCCUGUUACCUGGACAAGCCCGAGGAGUGG